AUGGACUAUAGAACAGUUGUUUCCUACUGUAUUGAUAACCAAUCAUUGACAAGGAACGAGAGGAAAAGUGUUUACGAGGUACUUGUACGACAUCCUGCAGUCAUCUCUGGUAACAAAACUGACCUGGGAGAAGGAGUAGAACAUUCCAUAGAUACCGGGAACGCACCAUCAAUACCAAUUCCGCCACGAAGAUUGCCAUUCCACAAUGGAGAAACCGUACGGAGAGAGGUGGAAUCGUUGAUUGAGAGCGAUGUAAUCGAACAUUCAAAGUCUCCAUGGGCAGCUAAAGUGGUUUUCGUAAAGAAGAAAGAUGGGACUGAACGCUUCUGCAUUGACUAUCGGAAGUUGAACGAAAUUACCAAAAAGGACGUCUAUCCACUACCAAGAUGCGAAAAAAUCCUAGAGUCAUUGGCCUGUGCAGCGUACUUCUCACAUUUAGAUUUAGUCCGUGGCUACUGGCAAAUUAAGGUCGCCGAGAAAGAUCGUGAGAAAACAGCGUUUUCAACUCCCGAUGGAUAUUUCCAGUUCAAAACAAUGCUUUUUGGGUUAACAAAUUCCCCAGCCACGUUUCAACGCGUUAUGAACACUAUUCUGGCUGGCCUCUCUUGGAUGGACUGUUUAGUGUCCUUAGACGACAUUAUUGUGUUUGGACGGUGA